UCCAACCAGUAACAUCUCAUUCUCAACCCAAAUCCCCUACUGUCAGCUGUCUCUGCAACUGUUAGGUGUCCGUACUUUCUCAGGACACCACCCGACUCAUCCCUUUUGUGCGACAUGCGGCUGCCAAAUGGCUUGGAAUAUGCCUUGGCCAGCGGCAACAAUCAAGAUCCUAGCCGGAGGUCUCAGUCUCAGCUACCGCCAAAAGGCUUUUUACGUUUCAUUAUGGAGGCUUUCAAAGACGCCACCGUAGUUUGCCUUCUCGUAUGGUCUGCAGCCUCUCUCGGUUUUGGGAUUAAAAAAAAGGGGUUGGAAGAUGGUUGGUAUGAAGGUGGAAGUAUUUUUAUAGCUCUCCUUUUGAUUGUAACGGUUUUUGCGCUUAGCAAUUUUAUUAUAGGCGCUGAAUCCAACGAAAGAACUCCAUUACAAGCUCGGGUUGACAAACGAAGCUCCUGCAUUGGAAGAGUAGGUCUCUCAGCGGCUUUCUUGGUUCUUUUAUAUCUUUUGGUUCAUUUUUUCACUGGGAAAACAAAAGAUCAUGAGAAUGGAAAGAAGGAGUCAAAUGGUAGUAAAACUGAUUUCGAUGAUGUUUUGAGGUCAAUUGCGUGCCUUGCUAAAGCUUCAGUUGCCGUUUGGUUAGCCGCAAGUCCAAAAGGUUUGCCACUGGUGGUAAAUCUCACACUUGAUCGUACCAUGAAAAGAAUGAUGGGUGAUAAGGCAAUCGUAAGGAAACUUUCGGCUUACGAGACAACGGGCUCAGCCACAGUUAUUUGUACCGAUGAACGGGGCAUAUUGACAUCAAGGCAGAUGAAAGUGACUAAAUUUUGGCUUGAACAAGAAUCCAUCGAAGAAGAGUUCUGUAGUAAAAUUCCCUCGACUCUUCGUGAACUACUCCACCAACAGGCUGUUUUGAACACAACUGGUAGUCCAACCGAUGAAGCAAUCCUUCUGUGGGCUGUCGAAAAAUUGAGUAUGAACGAGGAAGAAGUUAUGCAAAAAUUCACCGCCGUUGAAACCUUCAUCGCUGAGGAAAAAAAAAGUGCGGUUUCAGUUAGGAAAAAAGCUGAUAAUAUUGUUCAUGUACACUGUAAAGGAGAUGCUGAGAUGAUCCUAGCUAUGUGUUCACAUUAUUAUAGGAAGGAUGGGAUCAUAAACGCCAUGGAUGAAAAUGAAAAGAGAAAAAUGAAAAAUAUAAUAGAUAGCAUGGCAACUAGUCGCCUUAGAUGCAUUGCUUUUGCGCACAAGCAAAUUCGGGAUGGAACUACCCUUACGAAAGAAGAUGACUUAACCUUGCUGGGAAUUGUUGUUCUCAAGGAUCCAUGUCGACCAGGGAUAAGAGCAGCCGUGGAAAGUUGCCGAUCCGCCGAAGUGGGCAUCAAAAUGAUCACUGAGGAUAAUGUUUUCUUAGCAAAAGCGAUAGCCACCGAUUGUGGAGUACUACAGUUGAGAGCCGAAGCGGAAAGUGAUGAGGUGGUAGAAGGCAUACAAUUUCGUGACUAUACAGAUGAAGAGAGAAUGCAAAAGGUUGAUAAGAUCCGGGUAUUGGCAAGGGCUACUCCAGCUGACAAACUUCUGAUGAUAAAGUGUUUGAAAGAUAAAAAUCAUGUGGUUGCAGUGACUGGAAAUGGCACCAAUGAUGCCAAUGCGCUAAAAGAAGCUCAUAUAGGAUUUUUGAUGGGCAACUGCGGGUCCGAGGAUGCUAUGAAAAGCUCAGAUAUCAUCAUAUUGGAUAAUAACUUUGCAACCGUGGUUACUGUUCUAAGGUGGGGACGAUGUGUUUAUAACAAUAUCCAAAAAUUCAUUCAGUUUCAACUCACCCUUAAUGUUGCAGCUCUAGUCAUCGACUUUGUAGCAGUUCUAGUUGCCCGUGAUGCGGUUCCUCUAACAGUAAGUCAACUUGUAUGGGCGAACCUCAUCAUGGGCGCACUAAUGGCUUUGGCGCUGGCUACUGAAAGGCCAACUGAUGAGCUGAUGAAGACGCCACCUAGGGGUUGUACUGAACCCCUUAUAACAAACGUUGUGUGGAAGAAUCUUCUAUCUCAAGCUUUAUACCAGAUCCUUAUCUUAUUAAUCUUACAAUUUGCAGGCAAGUCCAUCUUUAAAAUGAGUCCUCAAGUAAAAGGUACAAUGAUUUUCAACACCUUUUGUCUUUGUCAGCUAUUGAAUGCGUUCAAUGCAAGGCAGUUGGAGAGAAAGAAUGUUUUUAGAGGCAUUCACAAGAACUGUUUCUUUCUUGGAAUAGUGGGGAUAACUAUAAUUCUUCAGUUUUUGAUGGUGGAGUUGUUGAUCAAGAAGGUUGCUUCUGGAGAGGGAUUGAAUUGGAGCCAAUGGGUAACUUGUUUUGUAUUGGCAACUUUCACAUUGCCAAUUGGUUUGAUUGUGAAGUUCAUACCUGUUCGGGAGAAACCAGUACUCUUCGUCAGCCCGGAUGGUGAAUUGGAUUUGGGUUUUAUAAAAGGCAUCAAACUCUUGUUCUGUCUUCUAAACUGGUUCUUUCAAAAUGAUUGUAAUAAUUAGUAUACUUGCUUUCAUAUAGAAGCUAGGUAUUUGAGUUUGAGCUGCGGGUGUGUUCUAUGAUUACUUUUGAGUUAGGGAUUGUACUGAAAACUUUUGUAUAUGAUGAUGGGGUCUUUAUCCAAACUAAUUAACUUUGUAAAGGUCUUAAAGCUUGAUGAUG